AUGACAUGCAUAGACAGACUCCAAUCGUAUUCAAUACUUAACCAUAUACAGUUAGCGUCACAGCCCUCGUCUUAGUAGGAAAAUGUUGAUCCUCUUGGUAUAUUUUGUGACCGAGCUUGUUUUUAGUACGCAGUGCAAGGCCUUGGAACCCACAGGAGAAGGACAACUCAUUCAAGGGUUAAACAGUACAGCAGACCAAAUAGCCCAAAGCUCCACGAGGUCAAAUUUUGGAAGAAUACUUCAAACCAAACACGACCUGUCUGAUUUUCCUCAAUAUCUCUACGACACUCCAAGCCAUCACGAAGAACACACAGAAGAAGCCUCGACAAAAGCACCAAAUAAGAAAAGAGUGAGCACCACUCACUACAGCUACUAUUACUUGGGUAGGAAGCUUUGGUAUGUGCCGCUGUAUUUCAGCAUAUACUUCAUGUUCUACGUGACAGCCCUCAUUCUGAAGGCCAUAACCAGGCACAAAAUACAGCUCAAGCAUGAUCACUCUCUAGGGAAGGGAAGAAGUGCAAGAAUGUUUUCACAACAGAUGAGAAGGGUCGAUCAAGUACACCAGGAUGUAUCUAGAGCGCUUGAGAGAGCUCAUAGAAAAAUUUAUAUAAAUACUUUUGGAUAAAAUAUAAGAAACAAUAAAUGGUUUAUUCUUAAA